UUCCACCUAAAGAGCCAGAGGAUAAAGAUGGGUGGACCCCAGUUCAUCCCCACCUGCUGAGUGUUCCAGAACUGAGCAACCAUCUGAGCCGGAUGAUUCAAAGUGUUGUCAGGACAUUCAGGUUUCUACGUGACUGCAGAAUGACACACCCUGUUGUGUUUUGCCUUGGAAAUACUGCAUUUUUUACAAUAAUGGCUCUUCUUGGCUCCUAUUUGUCAGGGAUCACACUGGCGUACAUAAUAAUAAUGAGUUUACUUCUGUGGCCUUCAGUGAUAUAUCAUUCCUUACUGAGAAGAGUCUGCCUCAGACUUGAGCCAGUCUUGCAGUGGCUGGGUACUCGUUUGUGGAUUUCUUUUCGCUAUGUCACAACUUUAGGGGGCAGAAUUGGCAGCUGGAAAUCAAGUAGCUCAACAAAUGGCCAACUGGAUGAGGAUGAUUUUGUUCCUCAGGUGGAUCCAGACAUUGUGGAAGCAUUAACUAAAGCCAUCAGCGAGAGUGAAGAUGGUAGUGGCAACUCAUCCAUUCCUACCCCCAGGUUGUCCAAGAAUCCAUCCUUCAGCAGUAAUGAUGACGAGCAUGAAGAAAUUGAUUUCGAGUUGGAUAUCAAUCAGAUGCCCUCAUUUGAUGACCUAGAUAACACAGACGAUGAAAUGGACCUUCCCUCUCCAGGCAACAACAAUUCCAACCAUUUAAGCAGGUUAAAUGCUCUUCAAUUUGCAGCCGCCCAUUUCGGAGAUUCUGAAUCAGACGAUGAGCAUCUACUUUCUCAGGGUCUUGAUUUCGCCCAGGCAGAGGUUCGUAGUGGUGCUGGUGGGGGUUCAGGAGGUUCUUCAGCUCAAGCUGGGUUGUCAUCGAUAGCAGGGGCACUUGUUGCUAGAACUAUUUCUUCUAUGAUGGAGACUGCACUGCAUGGGGUUGCUUCGCUAGGCCAGGGCCAGGUGGCUUCCUCUUCUAGUGUGAUUCCUCGUACUGGUGCAAAAAUAACCUACACCUGCACGGACGAAGGAGAAAGCAUUGACUUUCAGAAUCCCGAACCUCCAAUCCUUGAAUCGGAAGAAGAGGAAGAUGAAGACAGCCUGAGAGGAAUGGAUCAGAUUGCUGAAAUUGAAAAAGAUUUUGAUUUCCUUCAAGAUCUUGAUCCUGAUACGAAUGAGGAGGACCACUUCUGA